UGCUGCAAAUCAUUUCUAGUACUCUUUGAUUCUUUCUCUGAGAAACGGGGCUCAGUCUCAUUUUCACUGUUUGCUCUAAUUUCGCAUGAGCGUGCUUCGCUGGAGGUCGCUGGCCGCUCCACCCGCCGAGCUCCGCAUCGACGUGACACUGGCGUGUGGCCAGAGUUUCCGAUGGAAGAAGACUGGCGAUAAUGAAUGGUCGAGCGUGCUUGGCGGACGGCUCAUCUCGCUGCAGCAAACAGCGGACGAUGUUCUGUUCGCCGACCGAACCGUGUCGGAGCCGGCCAGUGCUGCAGCAACAAGCAUGAGCAUGGACUCGCAUGAUAAUGGAGCAACCGAUGCUGCUGGUGCUGCUGCUGCUGGUGCUUCGUCCGCCACCAAGGCCUCGGUACUGCUCCAGUCAUCGAUUGCUCCGACGAUGACCAACUCCACUGAUGUCAAACCAAUGCUCGAUGAUACUCUUGGAGACAUGCUGCGCCGUUAUUUCUGGCUGGAUGUCAAGUUGGAGCCGCUUUAUGCAUCCUGGGCAGCGAGCGAUCCGCGCUUCAAGUACAUUUCGCAGCGAUUGCCAGGCGUGCGAAUACUGCGACAAGAUCCAACGGAAAACCUCUUCUCAUUCAUCUGCUCGUCCAACAACAACAUCUCGAGGAUUACCUUGAUGAUCGAUCGAAUGUGCCAGCAGUAUGGUGUGAAACGGGGCGAUAUCGAUGGCCAGAGCUUUUUCGACUUUCCGGAAGUGUCGGCACUCGCGCAGGACGGCGUCGAAGAGCGAUUGCGCGAGCUCGGCUUUGGGUACCGCGCCAAGUUUAUUGAACAGGCUGCAAAGCAAGUUCUAAAGUUGGGUGGCUCAGAGUGGCUCCUGCAACAGCGCGCUCUGCCCUAUGUCACGGCUCGGACCAACCUCGUUCAGCUGCAAGGAGUUGGUCCGAAAGUCGCCGAUUGCAUUUGCCUCAUGUCCAUGGACAAGCACGACGCAAUACCUGUGGAUGUGCACGUCCGGCGCCUGGCAGAGCGAGACUACAAGCUGAAAUUGGCGGUGGGCGAGUCGAAAACCAUGACGGCCGCCGCGCACGACCAAGUUGGCAAUUUCUUCCGCAAACUUUGGGGCGAAUAUGCCGGCUGGGCGCAUUCGGUCAUGUUCUCUGGGGAACUCAAGCGUUUUGAAGACCGCGUCGCUGGCGAACCCUCAGCUUCGGCUGAAACUGACACGAAACCUCGAAAGGCGAACAACAGCCGCAAGGUGGAAGAAGGAGUGACUGUUAAGCUCGAGUCCAAGCCCGACAUUCUCAAUGCCCCGUUGCCCCGCUCGAAGCGAGCUGCUGACAAGGAGAUGGCCGAGAGCGCUUCGCAAUCAGCACCUCCACCUGUGCGGCAUGCGGCGAAAAAGGCUCGAAUGCAAAUGAAAAAAUGAUGCCCCUAUCGAUGUCCUUCAAAAUACAAUUGUUCAAAACAAAA